CAAGUAUGGCGCUGGCUUCUUGAUUCUAAACAUGGAAUCAAUAAGAAUGAUAGACAAGAAUUGAUGAGUGCAGUUAAACUACUUCUUCAUGCCGAGUCAAUUGACAGAUUUGAAGAUCAACUGGAGAAAGUUCAGCACCAUCCUCUUCUUCAGAAAUAUCCCAAUUUCAAGAGCUACCUAAACACCUUGGACCAAAGAAGAGAGGAGUGGGCAAUUGCCUACAGAGCAGGUGCAUUGUUGAGGGGUCACAACACUAAUAACUAUUGCGAAUCAACAAUGUGCAUCAUAAAGGAUAAUGUCCUUAAUAGAUGUAAGGCAUAUAACACUGCACAACUUGUAAUGUUUAUGGCUGAAAUCUUCAACUCCUUUAUGAAACAACGGAUAGUGGAUGUAGCACUCAACAGAAGGCAUACGAAGAGACUGAAUGUCACCAAACUGCCUUUAGAAAGUGUUGUACCCUUGGGGCGUGGGUUGUACCGAGUGGGAAGUGAAACUAAUCCAGGACAAAUGUAUGAGGUGGAUCUAAAUAUUGGUAUUUGCACGUGCACAAAAGGAAAUACUGGUGCAGUCUGCAAACACCAAGCUGUAUGUGCAGACAGUGCAAAUCUAACAGUUCCUCAAAUGCCUAUGCUGAACAGUAAUACCCGUCACCAGUUGGCAGUGUUGGCUCUAGGGCAGAAGGACGCCCCCAGUGAAAAUUUCUUCAAGACACUGAAAGAAAUUAAAAGUGAUGAAGCUAGUAAAAGCAACAUUGAAGCUGCAGUGAAGUUUGGAAAGAGUGAGGAAGCCUGUGAAUUAAAUUUUGAGGUCAAAGGGGAUGCUGAAGAAAUUUCUCCUAGCUGCAGUAUGGAAACAGCAUCGGUGUCAUCUCAAACUAGCAGUGAUCAUGGGGUCUCUUCAUCUGUAGCUGACAACAUUCAUGAUGAGACCUAUAUUGCUGUAGCAGAGCGUUGA